AUGAGUCCCGCCAGACUUCCUUUCCACGCCGACCAGAUCGGGUCGCUGAUCCGCCCCGCAUCACUCGCAGCUGCGCAGGAGCAGGCAGAUGCCGGCCGAAUUACCCAAGAGCAGCUUUGGGAGGAGCAGAGCAAGGCAGUGGCUGAUAUUGUCAAGAAGCAGCAGGAGCACGGAGUCCGCGCUAUCUGCUCCGGCGAGUUCGAUCGCAAGUGGUACUUUGGAGGCUUCUUCGAGAAGCUCGAAGGUUUCCGCCAAGUCAUCCCCGUCCCCUGGGAGCUUGCUAGGUUAUCCGCGCCCCCGAUUGCUGCGUUGAAGAAGGCCGGCAAGCAGUACCCCAUGGCGGCCAUUUGCGAGGGGAAGAUCAAGUACAACCAAAGUCCAUACCUCGAGAACUGGAAGCUCCUUCGGUCCAAUCUGCCGCUGGAGCAGUGGUCCGAGGCCAAGUUCACCAUGCCCCCUCCUUGCUAUUUCCACCUGCGAUUGGGUCCCGGAAAGUGCUACAGCAGUGAUGCGUAUGCCAAUGACAAGGAGUUCUUUGCCGACCUCGCCAAGGCCUACCAGCAAGAGUUCAAGACCCUCCACUCCGAGGGUCUCCGCAACAUCCAGAUCGAUGACCCCACCCUCGCUUAUUUCUGUUCCGACUCUAUGCUCCAGGCGUUGAAGGACGAUGGAGAGGAUCCCGAGGCUCUUUUCGACACUUACCUCCAGGCGCACAAUGAUUGCAUCGCCAACCGGCCAGAGGAUCUCCACGUUGGCCUCCAUAUCUGCAGAGGAAAUUUCGCCAAGUCCAUGCACUUCAGCGAGGGCUCCUACGAGAAAAUCUCCGAAAAGAUGUUCUCCACCCUCAACUACGAUACCUUCUUCCUCGAGUACGAUAACCCCCGCUCCGGCGGUUUCGAGCCCCUCCGAUUUCUCCCCAAGGGCAAGAACGUCGUCCUCGGAGUCGUCACCACCAAGGAUCCCGAGCUCGAGGACGCCGAGGUGAUCAAGUCCCGCGUGAAGCAGGCCGCCGACAUCAUCGCCCAGGGCCAAGGCGUAACCAUCGAGGAGGCCCUGCAGAGCAUCGGCAUCAGCCCCCAGUGCGGCUUCGCGAGCGUUGCCGUCGGUGCUGAAGGGAUGACUGAGGAGAAGAUGUUUGCUAAGCUUAAACUUGUGAAGGAUGUUGCUAGGGAAUUGUGGCCUGAUCGGGCGUAG